AUGUCACUUCCAGAUAGAAAGGAUCAUAUUCAGAAUACAUCCGAUGAUGUGGGAAAUGAUAUCCUUCCCAUUGACCCCAAUAGUGGGCUUUCUCGAGGUCUCCAAACUCGUCAUUUAAGUAUGAUGGCAUUAGCAGGAAUCAUCGGACCCGGUCUCCUCGUCGGCGCAGGUGGUGCCCUCGCAUCCGGUGGUCCAGCAUCCCUCCUCAUCGGCUUCGGAGUCAUUGGUCUCAUCGCCUUCUCCAUCAUGCAAUCCCUCGGAGAACUCACCACUCUCUAUCCCUCGUCCGGCUCCUUCAUAUCCCUCACAUCACGUUUUUUCGACCCCGCCUUCAGCGUCGCCGUCGGCUGGAACUAUUUCAUCAUCUGGGCUGCCGUACUCGCAAAUGAAUACAACACCCUCUCCUCCAUUUUCAUCUUCUGGAGCGACAAAGUUCCUCUCUGGGGCUAUUUCCUCAUUUUCUGGUUUGCCUUUCUCGCCUUCCAGUUGUUAGGUGUAGCCGCAUUCGGCGAAGCGGAAUUCUGGCUCGCGUUGUUGAAAUUGGGGGGUUUGGUUGCAUUUUUUAUUUUCUCCAUUAUUUAUGCGGCGGGGGGUUUGAAGGGUCAGGAUCACACGUUGGGGUUCCAGUACUGGCAUGAUCCGGGGGCGUUUGCAGACGGGUUUCGAGGAGUCGCAAAGGUCUUUGUGUUUUGCUCUACUUUUUACGCGGGCUGUGAAUCGAUUGCCGUUGCGGCGGCCGAGACGCGCAAUCCGAAACAUGCGGUUCCUCUUGCGAUUCGACAGGUGUUUUGGCGCAUUAUCUUUAUCUAUAUGGGCUCUGCCCUGUUUUUCGGAAUGACCUGUCCGUGGAAUGCAGAGGGAUUGGCAAGUGCCGGAUCGAAAGCCCUCAGAAGUCCCAUGACGGUUGCGAUACAAAAUGCAGGGUGGGAAGGAGGCGUUCAUCUCAUCAAUGCGUUUAUUCUCGCGACGUGCUUGAGCGCGGUGAAUAGUUCUAUCUACAUAGGUUCUCGAACGAUAUUAUUCCUCGCGCAGGAAGGACACGCGCCGAGAAUCUUGAGAUUCACGGAUCAGAGAGGAGUUCCCAUCUACGCGAUUGUCUUCACGAAUCUUUUCGGCGCGUUGAGUAUGAUGAAUGUUUCUUCCGGGGCGGGAGCCGCUUACAAUUAUAUCGUUAACCUUUCCGGCGUCUCGACGUUUCUUGUUUGGGGCUCAAUCUCAUUCAUUCAUAUCCGUUUUCGCUCGGCGUGGAAAGCGCAAGGAAGGAGGAUUUCUGAUCUACCGUUUGUCUCUUUCGCGUAUCCGUAUAAUGCGUAUUUUGGAUUGGCGGCAAAUAUCUUUUUGGCAUUGGUGCAAGGGUGGACAACUUUGAGUCCUUUUAGUGCGGGGGACUUUGUCGAUGCGUAUAUUUUGUUGGCACUUUUUCCAUUGAUUUGGGUGGGGUAUAAACUCUGGUUUCGGACAAAAAUUUGGGAUUUGAGAGAGAUUGAUUUGGAUGAGGGGAGGAGAGAUGAUUUAGAUCCUACGGAAGCGGGAGGAUUUGAAAGCUUGGAGGAUGGAGAGGGGAGUGAGGUGGGUAAGAAGGUGCCGUUGUGGAGGAGAAUUGUGAAGAAUCUUUAA